CUCUCUCUAAAUCUCUUGGUUUCUUCUUACUUCGUCGUCAUCUUCAUCUGCACAAACCACUCCUCCUCUUCUUAGCAAUUCCUGGACUUGGCCACAAAUGGGUUCGAGAUCAGCGCGGUGGCGCCAGACUUGGGCUCCACAGCCAUUGACGCCAUUAAUGGAAGGUCCCGACCCUGGGAUGCAAGAAGAAGGCCCCAAAAAGGAGAGCUCAUGGGAAGCCAUAAGAGAAUGGUUCAGAGCUCAGAAAGUUUCUCCUACAGGACCCACUUUCUCUUCCUCACAUUCAUUCUAUGGAACAAUUCAAGCCAAAACUCAAGACUUGAGGCUCCUCCUCGGUGUCCUAGCUUGCCCCUUAGCUCCAAUCCCCUUGACCCACGAUCCUGCACGCUCCUUUCACAUCAAAGAUAUCCCAUUCGAGAACUCAACGGCCAAGUACAUUAUACAACAGUAUUUGGCGGCGACCGGGUGCCUGAAACAGCAGGAGAAGGAGAUGAAGAAUAUGUAUGCCACAGGAACGGUGAAGAUGGUGUGCUGUGAAACGGAGAUUUCGACGGGGAAGAAUGUCAAGUGCUUGGGGACAAAAAGCAGCGACAAUGGCCGCUUCGUUCUGUGGCAGAUGCUUCCCGGAAUGUGGUCGCUGGAACUGGUCGUCGGUGGCCACAAGGUGGUUGCCGGUAGCAACGGCAAGGCCGUGUGGCGGCACACUCCGUGGCUCGGCACCAACGCUGCCCGAGGCCCUCAACGACCGCUCCGACGCAUCAUUCAGGGUUUGGAUCCAAAGAGUACAGCAAGUUUAUUCGCCAAUGCACAAUGCUUAGGCGAGAGCAAAAUCGGGGACGUUGGAUGCUUUGUAUUAAAGGCAUGGGCAGAUCGUGCGGCUGUGACUGAAAGGAGUGAGGGGCACGCCGAGGUAAUAAGGCACAUAUUGUAUGGGUAUUUUUGUCAAAAGAGUGGCCUCCUGAUAUACCUAGAGGACUCUCAUCUUACAAGGGUUCAAAUGGAUGAAACCCUAGAUAGUGAUCCAGUGUACUGGGAGACCACCAUUGGCAGCAGCAUCGGCGACUACAGAGACGUCGACGGCGUGAUGAUCGCUCAUCAAGGGCGGUCCAUCGCGACGGUGUUCCGGUUCGAGGAAAUGUCGAUGCAGCAUAGUAGAACCAGAAUGGAAGAACAUUGGACCAUUGAUGAUAUUAUGUUCAAUGUCCCUGGACUCUCAAUGGAUCAUUUCAUUCCACCUGCUGAUGUAUUCCCCAAUUCAUCAAACUCUCCAUAACAUCAUAAAUCUAUCUCUCCAAUUUUUUGCUGUUUCCUGAGUAAAUACCAGAUAUGUAGUGGCAGAGCGAGAGAGAGAGAUAGAGAGGGAAAAAAAAGAGUCGAAUUUGAAUCACUUUCUCUCUUCACAUUUUUUCCCUCUCUAUAUCUCUCUAUAUUGUUAUUUUUCUGAACGUAGACAAUGCAUUUGGUGAGAUGGAAGAUAGUUUUUUUGG